AUGGACGCCAGUGAUGGCAGUACGGAUCGUGAGGACAUCCCCAGUUCGGGGAGGUCCCUGAGGCAGAAGCUGGGUCUAAUCAUCAAUUCUCAAAAGUUGAUGGUGUUAGUCGUGGUACUGGUGAUUGUGGACUGUAUUGUGGUGCUACUGGAGCUGGCGAUUGAUCUAACAAUUCUUCAACUUGGUGACAACUUGGCUUUUCUUCCACCAGUGUUAUCUUACAGUGGCCUCUUCAUCUUGGGUAUAUUCCUAGUGGAGAUUCUCCUGCGCAUCUACGUGAUGGGCUUGUCAUUCUUCUCACACAAGAUGGAAGUUUUUGACGCUGUUGUGGUGGUUAUUUCUUUCGCUCUGGAUUUGACGUUCGGACACAGUGAUGACGCCUCCGCAGGCGUGGGACUGUUAAUUAUACUGCGCCUUUGGCGAGUGACAAGAAUCAUCAGUGGUGUCAUCAGAUCUGUGCAGACGCGGGCUAACCGAGAGAUCAGGAAAGUACAGCGUCGUGUUAAUGAUCUGGAGAGUAAUCUCAUUCAGUGGCAAGCCUACUCUUCUGAACUGGAACACGAAAUUGAGAGAAUGCGGGCAACUCUGCGCGAGUACCGCGCUGACUUCCAGGCAAGACAUAUUCCUCGUCCCGGCUGUGAGAGCACGGACAAGCCCAGCACUUGUGUCUCUGAAAGGACUCGGCUAGAAGGCAGUAAUGUGGAUAUCGUAACAUCAGUGUUACGGGAAAGCCAGAUUAUAACCAUUGAUCCAGUAGAACCACAUUCGGAUAAUGUGGACAUGUUGCAAAACACAAGCUGA